GCAACGCUCACUUCAUCCCCAAAUCCAAAGAUCAUGUUUCCGCCAUAACUCUCGCUAGUCUUGGCCAGCUGUCUGUGAUAUUGAAACUAUAGUGCCCUGGGAGGCAAUUCUUCCCGGAAGGACUUGUGGGAAGGAGUGCACAUAAUUGGCACCUCUGCCCAACGUCAGAGGGAAGUCGCAUCCGCGUCACGAUGGCGCUUAACGGCCCCGAUAUCGGUUGGCCCUUUGAAUCGUACCCGUGUUGCGAACCCUUAAGAGGAAACCGGCCAGACCCACCACCAGAUGGAAGGUGUCUUCGCGGGAUGGGUAUGGAGUACGGGCAGCAAAAAGCUUCUCCACCAAGAGCGGUUCGCGGGUUAUAAACAUAUAAAAAUACAUAAUCAAGCGUUCAGUGUGGAACGAUCGGUUCGCCCGAGUGGACGCAAAACUCUACAGCAGUACACCGGUGCGCGGUCUCGGCCUGCUCUUGGUGUUUCGGUGUGUGGAAGGAAGGUAGAGCGAAAAAAAAACGAACAACGUGCGUGGAAAGUGUGUCCGCCGUCACCACCAGCAGGGUGUUCGUGUUCCCUCACCUACUUACGCUGUGAGGGCAUCAUCAUUUGCCCAGGGCGCUGUACAUCGCAAACCAUCGUCUAGGUAGCGACUGAAACCGUCCCCGUAUCGUUUGGUUCAGAAUGCAGCCCGUCUGUCUGGCAGCACUGGUGGUGGUGUGGUGUGCCAUCGCCGUACCCACCUUCGCGGAACAGGCCGAGCAGCGUAACUUCGAGCCGAGCAGUGAUCCUGCCCUGUUCGCACUCGAUCGUGGCGCGAGCAACGAUGGCCGUCUGUACACGUUCGACAACCUGUCCGUCGCUCAGGAUCCGCGUGCGUAUCGGCCAGAUGUGGGUGCGCUAGAUUUCGUGUACCACAACCAUGACGAGAUGACGCGCUAUCUGCGUGCGACUACCGCACGCUACCCGAACCUUACGGCCCUGUACUCGAUCGGCAAAUCGGCCCAGGGUCGCGAUCUGUGGGUGCUGGUAGUGUCGGCUUCCCCGUACGAGCAUAUGCUGGGGAAACCGGACGUCAAGUACAUCGGUAACAUUCACGGCAAUGAGGCAGUGGGGCGGGAACUGCUGCUCCACCUGAUCCAGUACCUGGUGUCGAGCUAUGGGUCCGAUCCGUACAUUAAGUGGCUGUUGGACAACACGCGCAUCCACAUUCUGCCCUCGCUCAACCCGGACGGGUACGCGGCGUCGAAGGAGGGCACGUGUGACGGUGGCCAAGGGCGUUACAAUUCGCGCGGGUUCGACCUGAACCGUAACUUCCCGGACUACUUCAAGCAGAACAACAAACGCUCGCAGCCGGAAACGGAGGCGGUGAAGGAUUGGAUCUCGAAGAUACAGUUCGUGCUGAGUGGUUCGCUGCACGGUGGUGCGCUUGUUGUGAGCUACCCGUACGACAACACGCCCAAUGCCAAAAUCUGUCGCUCUUCGUCUACAUGCGCCGUCUUCCACAGCUACCUGUCGCAACCGUCGUUGACACCGGACGACGACGUGUUCAAGCAUCUGUCGCUGACGUACGCGAACAAUCACGGUAAGAUGUCGCGCGGCGUCGCCUGCAAAACGGCCUCACCAUCCUUCGAGAACGGCAUCACGAACGGUGCCGCCUGGUAUCCACUGACCGGUGGUAUGCAGGACUUCAACUACGUCUGGCACGGUUGCAUGGAGGUAACGCUCGAGGUGUCCUGCUGCAAGUUUCCACCGGCGUACGAGCUGCGCAAGUACUGGGACGACAAUCAGAUGUCGCUGAUCAAGUUUCUCGCCGAGGCGCACCGUGGCGUGCAGGGCUUCAUCAUGGACCCGACCGGCAAUCCGGUCGAGCGGGCACAGCUCAAAAUAAAGGGGCGCGAUAUUGGGUUCACCACCACCAAGUACGGUGAGUUCUGGCGUAUACUGCUGCCGGGCGUGUAUAAGCUGGAGGUGUUUGCGGACGGAUUCGUGCCGAAGGAUGUGGACUUUAUGAUCGUGGAGCAGCAUCCCACGUUGCUGAACGUGACGCUGCAACCGUCCAAGCGUACAACGCACACGCUGUUAAAGCAACACGCAUCCUCUACUAACAAGCGUCCACGGAUGAAUAGCUCUCGUGCUAAGAUAGCUAUGGCUCCGACUGCUACUACUUCUACUACCACUACCACUUCACUUCCCGCUACUACUACUACCACCACUACUAAUCCUACUUCCAUCACGUCUACUGUUGGAUCUACUACUGGCUCUUUCUCUUUCACCGUAAAGGAUGCGGAACACAGCAACAUACAGCUACCCGGUGCGUCGUACGACCGGCCACCGGCCACCGGACCCGAGCCGAGUACCGCCAAUCGAGAUCGGCUCAUUUUCAGCUCCUGAGCCAGUGGGUAACAGAUUGUUUGUACAUAGAUAACCCGAGCGGAUCGAAAAGCCAAACCACCAUUUUACGCAUUAUAAUCUAGGGUAGGUUGUGGUAUAGAGUUCUAGAGAGUACAAACGGUGCGUACAAAUCUAAUACGUUCAGGCGGACGUCACACAAGUAGUCACACAACCAAUGCGUAGUCUGUAAGCGUUUGUUAAUAUUUUCGUCAAAUAAUCGUUACAACUUACCCCACGAGCAACUCGAUGCCAAACUAGGAACGCUUGAGAUAUAGUUCUUUCUCCUCAAAAAAAAAUUACCUUGUUCCAAGUUAUUGCCACGUUUUCCCUUAACUCUUUGACGCAUAAUAUACCGGCUCACCUUCUGGAAGCCACCUUCUGGAACAUGUGUACAUAGUUACUGGGUGUGUGUGUGUGUGGCUGGGUUUUUACUUAACCAAAACUCUCUCUCUCUCUUCGCGUCUGUCUCUUCCGGUCUCCCGGGCGAAUCGUGCGCUAAGGGCGGAACAGUACCUAUGUAACCGGCACCCUAUCCCCACUUCUCCCCUAUUACGUACAGCGCAAUGACGGCUCGCAACACUAUCGACCGGCCGCCUCGACCCAGUACCGGCCCCAGCAGCUACCACCGACCGCAUCGCAAGGUUCCGGUUCGGACGAGGGCAUCCUGUCGACGCUUAGCAGUGGCUUCAACAGUUUAGUCAAUAACAUCUUCGGCUAAUUCACCACUGUCCCCGCCCGCGGUCGGGGGGCCGCUGUUGCGCCUUUCGGAAACUGGUCAGACACUCAGGCCUGAUCCCAACAAAGGCCUGCAAUCUCGGAUUCGAAGGUGGGAGGGGAGGAGGGGGAGAUGGGGAGAAAGGUGAAAGAAUGUGAAACACAUGGUACAAUGCUCUGUCUGCAAGAUGCAACAAUAAAUUAUCUAUUUAUUUAAUAGCAAA